AAUGUUUGGAGUCCCAUUACGAUGUUCUCUGCUGUACUUUGCUCUACUAGCAUCUGGUGAGAAAAUAUCCCAGAAGUUCAGCCUCGGGGCAUUUAGAGAGGACUUUAAAAGUGUCGAAGAAACUUGUCAGGCGGUUGGAUAUGUCAAGAGAAAUUGUCAAAAUGUCUCCGCUACCCACAUUAUUGCUUUUCAUGUCCAACUGAAAAAUGAUGUUGGAAAUCUUGGAAAUAAUGCAAAGGUAGUUUUUGAGACUGUUGUCUUGAACGAAGGAAACGGAUAUGACGCAAAAUCUGGUAUCUUCACGACUCCGACUUCCGGGAUCUACGUAUUUGAUUGGACAGCUGCUGCCCCGGGUGCCAGACAUGCUUACACGGCAUUACGUGUUAAUGGGAUCGGAAAAGCGUGGACAAACUGUCACUAUGGUGGAAAUAAAUGGAUGACUUGCAGUAAGAUGGUCGUGUUGAAACUGAAGAAAGGAGACAAAGUACAGAUUGUUGUUCACAAUGGACCUGGAUAUUUGAUGAAGAAAAAUACUUCAUUUUCAGGAUACAAACUUUAGUCUUUAAAUGAAG